AUGAAAUUACAGUUAUUAUUAAUAAUCACACAUACAGUUUUCGCUCAACAUGACAAAGAUAAAAAGGAAAGAAUUUUAGAAAAUAUCGAUAUUGACCACCGACCACAUGAACGUAAGAUUAUAAUAGAUGGGAUAGAUAGACCAUAUCAGCUGGCUUAUCAUGCGAAGGAAAAUCGCCAAGAGAUUGUGUAUUUUAGCUACAACUGUGGACUCUUCAACGAGAGUACAUUCGAAGUUGGAUACGCGGUAAAUGGUACUCCAGUUCCUGUUCCUAUAAAAGGUGUUAAAAACGGUUUCGCAACUGCAAUCAAUGUUAAAGACAACGUCAUCUACUACGGAGGCAGUGAUGGCAUAUACAGACAAAAUUUAUCAGAUCCGAUUAGUGAAGUUGUCCAUUUAGAACAUAAAUAUAACGUCUGGGAUUUGUUUUACAAGGAUCACCUGUAUUUCAUAACGUUUCCAAAAAAACGUCUUUAUAAAUAUAAGACAUUGAAUUAUUCGGAAAUACAGACUCAUAUUCGCGAGAAGAUAUAUCAGUUCGCUAUAGACGGUGAAGGCGACACUUUUAUAACCAAUAAAACAGGAUUGUUUAUGAUAAAAAAUGGUACUAAUCACCGAAUUCAUAUAAAGGGAGCAACUGUGUUUCGUGCAAUUGCAGUCAACAAAAAGGGUGAAGUACAUUUGUGUGGUCGCAAUGAAAUUUACGUUGUUCAUAAAACUAAACGUGUGUUACGGGAAAUAGCGAAAAUCAAGAAUAUCUUCGGUCUGACGUUCGAUAUCGAUAAUAAUAUAAUUUACUCUGAUCCCCACCAGAUAGUAAGAUUGGUACCUGCGCCUGGUUUGGGGCAAAAUGAGAAAAAUAAAAAAAGUAAAAUUAAAAAUAAAGGUUCGCUUUAGAAUUGCAGAUGAAAAUAUGAACUCAAAUAAGUUAACAUUGGCUUUCUU